ACACAUACCUAUUAGAGUUUUGUCAUUUUGGUUAUGGAAAGUAUUUCUUUAAACUGGAACAGAAAUAAUUAAUGUGUCAAUCUUUCCUCUUUCAAACAGGGAGCAACAGCUUUAUAUGGCUCAUGUCUGACAACAUGCACCACCAGUGGCUGCUGCUAGCUGCAUGCUUUUGGGUGAUAUUCAUGUUCAUGGUUGCUAGCAAGUUUAUCACAUUGACUUUUAAAGACCCAGAUGGCUAUGGUGCCAAGCAAGAGCCAUUGAUACUGACAGCUGUGACAAAAGUGGAGGAGGUACAUGUGCCAGAGGAAAAACAUUGGCCUGAAGAAUUCCAGCCAACUGGAAAAGCUUUUUCUGGAAAUCUGAUCCGCCAACCCCUGGUUCAUAUGGAAAGACUUGAGCUUCUCAGGAAUGUCUGCAGAGACACUGCAUUGAGAAAUCUCUCUCACACUGCUGUUUCCAAAUUCGUCUUGGACCGGAUAUUUGUGUGUGACAAGCACAAGAUCCUGUUUUGUCAGACGCCAAAAGUGGGCAACACUCAGUGGAAAAAAGUCUUGAUCGUUUUAAAUGGAGCGUUUUCUUCCAUAGAAGAGAUCCCAGAAAAUAUUGUACAUGAUCAUGAGAAGAAUGGCCUUCCACGCUUGUCCUCCUUCAGUGACUCUGAAAUUAAAAAACGACUGAGUUUAUACUUCAAGUUUUUUAUUGUUAGAGAUCCAUUUGAAAGACUUAUUUCUGCAUUUAAAGACAAGUUUGUGCACAAUCCUCGAUUUGAACCUUGGUACCGGCAUGAAAUUGCUCCUGGCAUCAUUCGUAAAUAUAGAAAGAAUCGCACAGAGACCAAAGGGCUGCAGUUUGAGGAUUUUGUGCGCUAUCUAGGUGACCCUAAUCACCGGUGGCUGGAUGUUCAGUUUGGUGACCACAUCAUUCAUUGGGUAACGUAUGUGGAACUUUGCGCCCCCUGUGAAAUCACAUAUAGUGUGAUCGGACACCAUGAAACCCUGGAGGACGAUGCUCCGUAUAUCUUGAAAGCAGCCGGCAUAGACCAUCUGGUAUCAUACCCCACGAUUCCACCAGGCAUAACAGUGUACAACAAAACAAAAGUAGAGCGGUAUUUUUCAGGAAUUAGCAAGAGAGACAUAAGACGCCUCUAUGCACGGUUUGAAGGCGAUUUUAAACUCUUUGGUUAUCGGGAGCCAGAUUUCUUGCUUAACUGACACCUAGGAUAAGCUCUGAAGAAGUGUCUCAUGGAUUAAUCUAAACCUGCGUGAAUACCAGCUGCAACACUGACAGAGCUGAGAACGACCAUUUGUUUUCUAGCUUUUUGAUGUUGCUCCAUUUUUCAGUGAAAUAUUUGUCAUAUGGACAAGUAGGGGCUUAUAGUUGUUGUUUACUGACCAUGUUUUCAAUAUGUGACGUUGCAAUCUGUUAGGAACGAAGUCUCUGUUAUCUGAAAUACAGAAUUCUACUUCUCCCUUCAUCCCUCCAGGAAAGAAGAGGGAGAAUGAAUGGGCUAUGAUCUUCCUCUCCCAGGCAGAAUGCCAUUUUUAAAAUGUGUGAAGUAUUUAUAAAGAUGGCAAUUUCACUGUAGGUUAACUCUGACAUGUGGUGAACUUGAUGAUUCAUGCUCGUGAGUAAGGCAUGUAGUCUCCCAUGAGCUUUGAAAAUGAGAGGCCAGUACAGGACUAAACAUUGAUUAAAUGCUUGACAAGUAAAAUCAUCAAGGUUCUGUCAUGUGGCUGCCAUAAUAACAGUACUGGUGAUCUAAUCCCAUUUUUGUUUGUCACAAAAUGAACCUAAUUAGAUGGAAGCUUUAGAGGUGUUAAAAAAGAAACUGGUUCCAGAUCCCAGUUGUCUUUGUGUUUUUGUCAAGUGUUUACCGUACUUACUACUGGUCUGUUGAGCCUCAUAAUUCUACUUUUGAUUUUCGAAGUAUGAUUUAACUCCUGGCUAUGUAAGUUAUCUGAGAACACCAGAUGCAAAUGGAGCAUAGAAGAAAUAUGAAAGUGCUAGGGAAAUUUUAAGGAAAAUUAAUUUAAGAUAAAGUAUUAAUAAUUGUAUUUGCAGGAGCACAUAUAGAAGUCACGAGAUGCUCUCUAAAUAUCACACUAUUUAACUUGUUUUGUCUUCUAACAGUUAAGAUUAAUAAAGAAGCCACAAAAGCAGG